GAAAGGGCUGCUUUUCUUCUUUGCUUUUGCCUAGACAUGUUCCGUUGUGUGAGUCAUAGGGGAUUUCAACAGGAAAUGUAAUGCUGGAGCUGUUCACUUCCUCGUUAUACAGAAGGUGGUAUGUUUUCAUUAUCUGUGGGUCUUUCGAGGGCACCGGAAAUUAGAAAGUAGCAAGCGGUAGCAUACCAUGUGGGGUGCAGUCCUAACUCCGGUCCAGUAGUUGUCGCUAAUGCGUCGCACCUUUGAGCGCGGAUGGGCGUGAGAGGGGGAAAACGCCUACCUCCAGACCUCCAGACAGACAGAGGUGGAUCGGGGAGCAACGGGGGACAACGUUCAAUAGUAGCUUCCCACUGUAAAUGUGAGGCAGGAUAAGGACUUCGCUCUCAAACACAUAUCCCUUUGUAUUCAUCAAUGCAUCGCGGUUGUGAACAAACCUGACACGUUUUGAAAAAUGCCCAUUAUCAUCCGGUUGCAAGGCCUUGAUGUGAAGGCAGGCAUUGAGGAUAUUCGCUCAUUCUUUGAAUGCCUUCACAUCCCAGAUGGGGGAGUCUACAUUCUUGGAGGAAGUCUAAGAGAGGCAUUUAUUGCAUUUAACUCUGAACGAGAUGCCCAGCUUGCUAUGCGGCAAACAGGGACGUUCCUUAAAGGGUCUAAGGUGACUCUACAUAUAAGCAGCAUGGGAGAGUUGGAGCGCAACCUCAAAUCAUUGUUAAGGAGGAAGAAGCCCUCCCCCACGUUGCUCACAGCCAAGAGAAAAAGGCCCUCAAGGUGUUCAAAUCCACAUUUGAAUGGAAGGGUUAGUAGCCCUAAAACUGCAGAUCUACCACCUACGAGGCCACUAGAUCCCAGAAAACAGCCCCUUAAUCCUGAUUGUACUACAACCCUGCAGGCUGCAAGUACACCCUCACUUGAUUCAGGCACUGCAUUUCUACUUGGAAUAUGUACUGUUCUUCAAGGCCUCCAGUCAUCCCAUGUGGACAAAAAUGAGACAGUGCCACAUGUUGAUUUUCCAAUGACUGACAACAUUGUGUCCAGUGAUGUGAAGACGCAUGAGCAAAAUCUGGAAUCAGGCUAUGUAAGGCUCUUUGGACUGCCAUCCUCAACCACAAAAGAUGACAUCUGCCAGUUUUUCACAGGGUUGACUGUACAGGAAGUUAUUGUGAAUGUGAAGCUGGGAAUUAACAAUGGCUGCCUGGUGAAGUUUGCAACCAUGCAACAUGCAAGUGAUGCACUUCUCUUCAAUCAGUAUCAGCGGGGCAAUGUCACUGUGGAGGUUCGUGGAGCAACAGAGAAGAUGUGGACCAGUGCCCUGCAAGAAUGUGAAAAUUCUCUGGACAAUGGAGCAAGAGUGGGACAUAAGCGUUACCCUUUUAGGGAAACUCCUAACCAAAGAAGAAAAUCUCCUUCAGAACAGUGGAUUAAGAGCGGACCCAUCAAACCACUUUCAUCUAAAGCUGCCAAAAAAGUAAGACUUGAUAACCUACCCCCCAGGUCACCUAAAAUAGAGUAUGUUGUGAAGGUCAGCAACCUACCCCCAACAAUAACCAAGACUGAAAUUAAGGAGUUAUUUACAUGCACGACCAUUCCACACAAACAUGUCCAACAUUAUCUUGAUCCGGAUGGCAACAGAACAGACACAGCUUUUAUUAUUUUUAAAAAUACUGCAGAUUAUGACUAUGCAAUGAAUCUCAAUGGUUGCCAUGUGGGAUCCUCUGCCAUUGAGGUGACAUCAGUCACAAAGUCAAUGAUGAAGGAAAUGAUGGCUAAAACCAGUCAUAGCAAUCAGAAGGAGGACACAAACAGUAAAACAAAUCGACGAGGGAAAUCAGAUCCAUUGGAAGUACCGGAGGAAGAACCAAACAGGACCCCAGACCCAGCAGCAAAGACGUGCCUGUUUGUCAGAAACAUGCCAGCAGAUGUACAGGAAGGUCAAAUCAAAAGCCUCUUCUGCAAAUAUAAACUGGCAAAGGAAAAUAUCUUCCUGCUGCGUGACAAGGACGGCAAUGGCAUUGGUGAGGCUGUGGUUCAGUUCAAGUCGUCUAAGCAUGCAGCUCUUGCUCAGAGACUACACAGGCAGGACUUCCUGGGGUCCACAUUACUAAUCACACCCAUAAAUGUAAAGCAGAUGAAGGACAUCUUGGGACAAUGAAUGUCUCUGACGAGGAAUCUCAACAGGACUGAUCAAGUGCAUACCCCACAACCAAGGACUGAUUGUCUUUAUUUUGCCAUAAAGUUCAUUCUUAACUGUUACACUCAAUUGUGUAAACCUAUCGCAUUGGUUCUUGUGACGGUUUUUCAUGGUUAAUGUUCACAAUUCCUGAACAUUCCUCCAGUGAGCAUCUUGUACAAUUAAAAUAUAUUUGAACUGUUUAUUGGCCUAUGAAUAAACUCCAGUUUUUCAAAGAGAGGAGGCU